UAUGGCGGAAUCUGUCAGGAGAUGAUUUUUUUCCUGCCCCUGCGCUGAGAAAACCCCCAGAGACCAACAUGGGAGAUAAAUAAAGCCUCGGCGGGACACAUGUAGGGGAGGAUUCGGACUCCCCCUGGCCUGGUCGGUGCUGGCGCUAGACAGCGAACUGCCGCUCCAAUAGGAGACGCCAAACCCGUAAGCUAAUGGAGAUUGGCUGCCGCCACGGCUGGAUUUCUGCUUCCCGCUUCCAGUUUGACCGUCCGGAGUGUUGGAUCGGCGCGAGCACGCGCACACUUUUAAAUUCACACUCCCGAGCAUCCACAGUUUUGGCGGGAUAACAGCCUUCCUGUUAAUCAAUCCUGCACGUGAACACACCUGCCUGCAUCUGCACCGCCACACGCACACUGAAUCAGGUGUUGGCUGGCUCUACUGUGUGGACGCCCACCUGACCCGCCUGUCAGUGAUGACAUCACAUACCCAUCAAGAGGGAAUCCUGGGAAAGGAGCAGUCGAUCGAGGUUCUCAAGACAUCGGCGCUCAACCACAUCCCAACAGUGGACAUCAACUCGGCGCUGCCCCUGCGUCUCCCUCCGGCUGCCAUCCCAAUGGACCUGCGCGUGGACCAUCACCAGCAGCAGCAGCAGGGGUCCUCCCUCUCCCCUCCCGCCCAGCAGUCUCCCGGCUCCCUCGGGGUGUCGGGCCAGGCCGGCGGGGGCGCGGUGGCGGCCUCCGUGCGCGAGCAGCAGCUGCAGCAGGAGCUGCUCUCCCUGAAGCAGAAGCAGCAGAUCCAACGGCAGAUCCUCAUCGCGGAGUUCCAGCGGCAGCACGAGCAGCUGUCCCGCCAGCAUGAGGCCCAGCUCCAGGAGCACAUUAAGCAGCAGCAGGAGCUCCUGGCCUUGAAGCACCAGCAGGAGCUGCUGGAGCACCAGAGGAAGAUGGAGAACCACCGUCUGGAGCAGGAGCUGGAGAAGCAGCAGCGGGAACAGAAGCUCCAGCUGCUGAAGAACAAGGAGAGGGGGCAAGAGAGUGCUGUGGCGAGCACUGAGGUGAAGAUGCGUCUUCAGGAGUUUGUCCUGAACAAGAAGAAGGCCCUGGCUCAGCGGAGCCUCAACCAGGGAGGCCUCCCCAACGACGCUCCCUACUGGUAUCGCAAAACCCAACACAGCUCUCUGGACCAGAGCUCGCCUCCGCAGACCGGCGUGUCCACCUACAAUCACCCUGUGCUGGGCGUCUACAACCCCCGGGACGACUUCCCGCUGCGAAAGACUGCCUCGGAGCCAAACCUGAAGCUGCGCUCCCGGCUGAAACAGAAAGUAAGCGAGCGCCGCAGCAGCCCGCUGCUCCGCCGGCGAGACAGCCCCAUCACCACCGCCAAGAAGCGCUCGCUCGACAUGGCAGAUUCGGCGUGCAGCAGCGCCCCAGGCUCCGGCCCCAGCUCCCCGAACAACAGCUCCAACAACAUCCCCAACGAGAACGGCAUCACCGUGUCGGUCUCCAACAACAUGGAGGUGGCUCUGGCUCAAAGGCUGUGCGGCGGCGCUGAGCAGGGCUCCGUGAACCAGCUGUCUCUCUACACGUCUCCAUCCUUACCCAACAUCACCCUGGGGCUGCCCGCCACUGCCACGGCCACCGCCGCUUCCAACGUCACCUCAGCCCAGCAGGACGGCGGUCUGCAGCCGGCCCUCUCCCUCAGUCCUCCCUUCCUCUCCGGCGGCCACUUGACUCCCUACCUUGCAGAAACGGGAGCGGCAACCGGUGGGCACGGUGCGCACAGUCCCCUGCUCCAACACAUGGUGCUCAUGGAGCAAAGUCCGGCGCAGAGCCCCCUGGUGACAGGUGUCGGUGGCCUGUCCAUGUCGUCAGCAGCAUCCAUGGCCAAGCUGCAGAGGCAGCACCGGCCCCUGGGGAGAACCCAGUCGGCCCCGCUGCCCCAGGGCAGCGCCGCCCAGGCCCACGCCCAGGCCCUGGCCCUGCAGCAGCUGGUGGUCCAGCAGCAGCACCAGCAGUUCCUGGAGAAGCACAAGCAGCAGUUCCAGCAGCAGCAGCUCCACCUCAACAAGAUGAUGGCCAAGCCCAGCGAGUCGCCGGUGGGCCGGCAGCACCAGAGCCACCCCGAGGAGACGGAGGAGGAGCUGAGGGAGCACCAGGACGGCGGGGCCGUGCCGCUGGGCGUCACCAUCAAGCAGGAGCCCCCCGACCCGCAGGAGCUGCAGGAGGAGGCGCUGCAGCAGCAGAGGGAGCGGGAGCGGCAGGCCGAGCAGGAGCUGCUCUUCCGACAGCAGGCUCUGCUGUUGGAGCAGCAGCGGAUCCACCAGCUGAGGAACUACCAGGCGUCCAUGGAGGCUGCGGGUUUGUCCAUCUCCUUCCCGGGACACCGCCCCCUGUCCAGGGCCCAGUCCUCCCCGGCCUCGGCUUCGUCUUUCCCCAUCAGCGUCCCCGCGGCCGACCCUCCUGUCAAGCCCCGCUUCACCACAGGCCUGGUGUACGACUCCCUCAUGCAGAAGCACCAGUGUAUGUGCGGGAACACCAACAGCCAUCCAGAGCACGCCGGGCGCAUCCAGAGCAUCUGGUCCCGGCUGCAGGAGACGGGACUCCGAGCCCAGUGUGAGUGUAUCCGUGGGAGGAAGGCCACGCUGGAGGAGCUGCAGACGGUUCACUCUGAAGCCCACGUGCUGCUAUACGGAACCAACCCUCUCCGACAGAAACUCGAUUGUUCAAUCACGCCCAUGUUUGUCCGGCUGCCGUGCGGAGGGGUCGGGGUGGACAGCGACACCAUUUGGAACGAGGUGCACUCCUCCAGCGCCGCUCGUCUGGCCGUCGGCUCCGUGGUGGAGCUGGUUUUCAAAGUGGCGACCGGAGAGCUGAAGAACGGUUUUGCAGUGGUCCGCCCCCCUGGACACCACGCGGAGGAGAGCACUCCCAUGGGCUUCUGCUACUUCAACUCGGUGGCCAUCGCAGCCAAGCUGCUCCAGCAGAGACUCAACGUCAACAAGAUCCUCAUCGUGGACUGGGAUGUUCACCACGGCAACGGAACCCAGCAGGCGUUUUACGAUGACCCUAGCGUCCUUUACAUGUCUAUCCAUCGCUAUGACGACGGCAAUUUCUUCCCAGGAAGUGGAGCGCCGGAUGAGGUGGGCAGCGGUCCUGGAGUCGGGUUCAACGUCAACGUUGCCUUCACCGGGGGGCUCGACCCCCCCAUGGGAGACGCCGACUACCUGGCUGCCUUCAGGUCUGUGGUCAUGCCGAUAGCCAAUGAGUUUGCUCCGGACAUCGUGCUGGUCUCCUCCGGCUUCGACGCCGUAGAGGGUCACCCUCCGCCCCUGGGCGGCUACACCCUGACGUCCAAAUGUUUUGGCUAUCUGACCAGGCAGUUGAUGACCCUCGCUGGGGGCCGGGUGGUCCUGGCGCUGGAGGGAGGACACGACCUCACCGCCAUCUGCGAUGCCUCGGAGGCCUGUGUGGCGGCGCUGCUCAGCCAGGAGCUGGACCCGUUACCGAAGUCCGUCCUGGAGCAGAGGCCCAACGCCAACGCUGUUCGCUCUCUGGAGAAGGUUAUAGAGACUCACAGUAAAUACUGGUGCUCUGUGCAUCGCUACUCCCCGCGGCUGGGACUGUCCCUGCUGGAGGCCAAGCGAGGAGACUCGGAGGAGGCCGAGGCCGUCAGCGCCAUGGCCUCUCUGUCCGUGGCCAACACCAACGCCAUGGACCACAGGCCGGAGGAGGAGCCCAUGGAAGAGGAGGCGCCGCUGUAACAGAGGCAGAUGUGAGGGCGUCGAAGCGUUACCGUUGACCUCUUCCGGAGAAGAGUCUCGACUGAUCCCUUCAUUUAGUCCCCCUAACCCCACUCACCACGUCAGUCACCUUGACCGGCGGACCCCUCGGCUAAAAAAAUCGAGGGAGAGGGGGUGUGCUCAGCCUCAGAGUAGGGAGCCAAUCAGAAGACAGAGGACAGAACUGGAUAAAAAAAUAAAAUAAACAUAACAGUGCUGCUUCCACGGCACUCGCUCAGAGACUCAUUUUUUUCUGUCGGUCUUCGCACCCCAACGUUUGGCCCACAGCGGCCGACCGAGCGAUGGCGGCGAGCGUAUUUGGAGCUGGAGCAAGAUCGGGUGUGGUCAUAUCAAGGCGUGGCAACACUCCUGUGCAGAAACACGCGGUGCUUUACGUGGCUGCUCGUCCGACUGCAGUCUGGACACACCGGGACAGCAGACGACGUCCCCAGCCGAAGGACAUCAGCUCGGGGGGAGUUCCCCUUUUCUCCUUUCUUAACUUUGUUCCCCACUAAAACAGGGGCGUCGCGGCGACGGAGAAAACUGUCGUACGAGCCGUGCUCACUGUGGAUUCUGCUAGAUUUGAGAAGGCUUUCACAAAUAUUUCACGGCGAGACUGUCGCCUCGCUGGAGCGGCCUGUCGUCGGAGGUCGGCGAGGGAGAGGAGUGCCUUGGUGAGGGUCCGCUUGAAUUUCAAGAUUGUUCAGGAAGAGAUUGCCUUAAAAGUUUAAAGAUUUUUGUCUCGCUGCGGAGUCGGCGCGAGGGGAUGGAGCCGGACCGGCCCGACAGCGAUGAAAAGCAAACAAUCUUUCAGCAUGUUUACUUGGAACGUGACGACGACAACAUUUCUGUCUCUCACAGCUUCUCUCGAAGAGUUACUUUACUUUUGGAUGGAUCUAUUUUUCUGUAAAAAACCAACAAAAACAUUAGAAAAAAAGGAAAGGAAAGGAAAGAAAAGGCUUUGUAAAGGUAGUUGCCAGCUUCAGUAGAAAAAGGUGCAAACAUGGAGAAAAUCAAACAACGGAAUUAGAUUUCCAACUCUUAAAAAGGUUCAGCCUUUAAUGUAGCCUCCCUUUAAGCGAACUCGUUGCUUUGUACGACACAUUAGAGCAUGCAUUUGAGCAGAGAGCAGACUUUACCGCGAGAUCUUCUUUGAAUGUUUUCCAAAAGAGAAAGCCGAGCAAGAAAAGCCAAAGCAUGAUUUUUUAAUUUUUUUUUCACAUUUACGGUUUCACAUCCACUCAGCUGGCGACUUGACGAACAUUUUGGCGUAUUGGGCCUUUAAGACGAGGCUCCCAAUGGCCAGUUUGAUGUUUACGAAUCGAAUCCGUCUCAGAUCAGGUGAGCAUAUCCGUACAUGUGCUGAUGGAGCUCCCGUGCUUUGCCGGUUGGCAACUACCUUAGCGUGAGCUGAACAUUAGUCAUGUACAUUGAACUGAAUAUAUUUUGACAGGCAGCGGUCGAGUAUUGUCGGUUUGUAUCUACAUGUUUGAUUUCCACGUCGAGUUGUCGGUUUAUCACAAACGUGUUUGGCAAACGUGUCCACUUUUUUUUUUAAUUCCAUAAGAUUAUUUUUCUAACUUUUUUUUUUUCAUCCAUAGAUUUUUGUUCUGUGUUUUUAUCCGUUUUCUGGAUAGAUAUAGGGCUGCCAUUCACAUAUUUAGUGCUGUUGUCACUUCUUGUUCAAGACUUCUUUCUUUCUUGUAUUUAUCAAAAACAAAGAGCUACACUUUCUUUCUUUCUUUCUUUCUUUCUUUCUUUCUUUCUUUCUUUCUUUCUUUCUUUCUUUCUUUCUUUCUUUCUUUCUUUCUUUCUUUCUUUCUUUCUUUCUUUCUUUCUUUCUUUCUUUCUUUCUUUCUUUCUUUCUUACUACGGCUCCCUCGGCCUUUCUGCAUUUUCAUCAACUAUGUAUUUAUAACAUGUACUUGUUUAUAGGAGAUUUGUAUAUGGAAAAUUUAUAAAUGUACUCUAACUAAUGACAGCUAUGAUAUUGUGAGCAAAAAAGAAAAACACAAAAAAACAGUAUGGUGUAUGUUAUUACUCCAUGGACUUAAGAAGAAGAGCAGCGUAUUUAACUCGUCAUCGACUGCACUGUUUUCAAGUUGCCCUCAAGUGAAUCAUUACACGGCACUGCAACCGACUCUUUGACACGUUUGAUCGCUUCGUUGCCUGAUCGAGACGCUCUCCUCUUGAACGGGUGAUAUGCACUUACCUUUCAACUGUGACGUCAUCCGCAAAGAGGUUUUUUUUUUCUUUUGUUUGUUUUUCCUAGGCCAUUUUAUGUAGCUGGCUCAGUUUCUUUCUUUUUUUUUCCCAAAAAGGAAAAGGAGCAGAAGGGGACACAGCUGUUGAGGAUGGAGAAUUUGAUCACUUUGUGUUUCCUUCUUUGCUUUUCCUGCAGAUCUCACACUACAGGUAGUUGUUUUUUCUAACCACCCCCGCCCCCCUACCACACACACACACACACGUGUCAUUAGCUUUUUUAAAUCAAAGAUGACUAUCAUGUUCAUUUUAAGUUGAUAUCAUUUUAUAACCUUGUAAGACUUGAGAAUGAGUUUUUCACGUCUUAACAAAAACAUUCCACUUGUCACUUCGUUUAAUUUGGCUCAAAGUGAAUUUGAGGUUAUUUUGUAGAAACUUUUAAUACUUUUUUUGCUGUCUGCUCGCGCCAACUUUUAACUCUUUGCAUGGUUUGUGAGUCAGCAUGCCUGCUUGUCUAUGUAACACGAGAAAAAAAAAUGUAUUUGCACAAUAGAAGAAGAACACUGGAGGACUUCGAGACAAAAACCUCCCACAAGAGCACCAGCCGGGGAGGGUUUUCUUCCCCUCUGCUGGGCCAAAACAAUUAAAAAGACUUUGUCCAAAUGACUCCUCUGAGAAGCAUUUGAUAUUUUGAAUAUCCAAUAAGUGAUUUUAACGCGAUUCAGCACUUAACGACAUGUAUGGACUGAGUUUGAGAGAGACGAGCUCCACCAAACCUCUUCUACACACACAUAUUUAAAAAAGAAGAAAACUCUCCCAAAGAAUGUUCCUCUUUCAAACAUUUUUUUGUCAGCUACAAACAGAUCAGAAAGGAUGGAUAUUGUUUGACAACAGGUUUGGGGGGGGAAAAAGAAAAAAAAAGGGCAUCGUCGUUUGAUUGUCACACUCACCUCGGCCAGUUCUAUAUAUAGAUAUAACCACUGUGGCUCAAGAGCAAUUCUUGGUUUACAUGUAAAUGGAUUUGAAAAAAAGCUAUUUUUUGUUUGUUGUUUGUCUCUAUUGAUGAAAAUGUUAUCUUUCUUUGGGACCUACGCUUUGGACAUUUCAUCUCUGACAUCAUCUAUAGAAUAUAUUUCUGAAAAAUACAAACAUCUCUGCUUGUCUCGUUGUGUUUUGUUCGUGGAUGAGGGUUGGAAAAGGUCAGGAUUGAGACACUCCGUUAUGAUUAUUAGUUCCUAUCAAUAUCAAUCAGUCUGUUCACGAUCAAUAGGAGAUAAGCCCACAAGAGACGAGACGUCCUCGGGAUGUUUAGCCUUGACUCAAACAGCCGACGCUGCAAAAAGCUGAUGAAGAUUUGGGCAUGUUUCUGCUUUUAUCAGCUCAUUGAUGAGAUGAGGCGCCCCCUCAAAGUCCACGUUAGCACAAGACAGUCCCAAUAAUCAAUAAAGCUGAAUGUAGGGGAAUUCCUGCUU